UCGAGAAAUGCAUCUGACCCCCUCCCCCGCUGUGCCGCUGCGCGGAAUCGCAAUUGGUGAGCGAGACUCCUCAGCGCACGAUUGGUCCACGUUUAUCGAGAACAAGCGCGACGAGAUCCAAGCGGACCAGCCGCGUCGUCCGACGAGGCUCUAGCGACUCCUAGUGAGUUCCGUGUGUAAACGACACGCAUCGGGUGGCUGCUCGCGCAACGUAAUCCGCCGAGUAAACAUUCGCCUAGUGGCGCACGCGAGGAGACGUAAGCACUCUGUGGAUCAAGAAUUCUUUACUUGUUAAGUUUACAAACCAUUUGUGGAAGUUCGAUCUGCAGGAGAACAGAGUGUUGCGUUUUAUUGUGAAGUAUGUGCUGUCGUUUGCCGAGUACGUCAUUCAGCGGAGGCCCGUUACGUUUCUUGUCCUCGGGUCCAUAGCUGUCGUCAUCGUCGUCAUCACCGAGGAUUGUCGGUUGGCGGCUGAGCGAACGGAAGAGUACAGCGCGGUGGUACGAAAGAGAAAGAGAGAGAGAGAGAGAGAGAGAGAAAAAAGGCCGCGCACAGCGACGUCAGCAAGGGACGGCGGCGCGCUUUGUGAAAACGAAGUCCGGACAGAUCACCGUCACCGUCGCUGCGUCCGUCAGAAUCGUCGUUUGCGAGCGGAGCACCCCGCGCGCUGUGUCUGUCGAACAGCACAAUCGAUAACCCUGCGGGCGCUUUUUGCUUAACGAGAGGAAGAGAGACAGACAGAUCGUAAUGGCGAGAGCGUGGCGUCGACGGCGAUAGAUGUUGGAGUGGGAGAGACCGUGGUAAAAACAAUGCUGAAUCGCCAGGGAGCCUCGCAUUGUGUGUUCUGACAAGGGAAGAUUACUUCUCAUCGUUAUCCAAGGAUAUCAGAUUAUGCACUGCUGCUAUUUAUCUCAUUAUCAUUGAAUUUGACUAGGAGUCUCUGCUCCAAAAGUCAUUGCUGCUGUGUAUAAUUGCCACCUAUUUGUGAAAUAUGGAUGAUGAAGAAGGAUCUUCAAAUGCAGGACCGAUGUCUUCGUUAAACAGUUUGUUCUCAUUCACGAGUCCUGCGGUGAAAAAGUUACUUGGCUGGAAACAAGGCGAUGAGGAGGAGAAAUGGGCCGAAAAAGCAGUGGACUCUUUGGUGAAGAAACUGAAGAAACGCAAAGGCGCGAUUGAAGAGUUGGAACGUGCUCUCAGCUGCCCAGGUACACCAAGCAAGUGUGUGACAAUACCCAGAAGUUUAGAUGGCAGAUUACAAGUUUCGCACCGCAAAGGUCUGCCGCAUGUAAUAUACUGCAGAGUAUGGCGAUGGCCAGACCUACAGUCGCAUCACGAAUUGAAGCCGCUUGAGCUGUGUCAAUAUCCAUUUUCUGCCAAACAAAAAGAAGUCUGCAUCAAUCCCUAUCACUACAAGAGAGUAGAGAGCCCGGUGUUGCCACCUGUAUUGGUUCCUAGACACUCUGAAUAUGCACCAGGUCACUCUUUGCUGCCGUUCCAACAAUUAGCGGAACCCACGAUGCCACACAAUGUGUCCUAUUCAUCGAGUGGUUUCAAUGCAACUUCGGCCAGUGGCGUGAAUCCAACGUCUCCCAUGUCCUCCGUCGGUUCCGUGCCAAGUCCGGGCAGUACGACAUUGCCGAAUCCGCAAAGUCCAUAUGGUACAAACGGCUUACCGGAAACACCACCACCGGCCUAUUCUCCGCCCGAGGACGGCUCUCAAACUGGUCAGUCACCGCCCUCAGAUUCUGUUCCGAUGGAUACGAGCGCACCUCCUGAAGUAGCACCUGUGUGUUACCAAGAACCCCCUUACUGGGCCUCGAUUGCCUAUUAUGAGCUCAACUGUCGGGUAGGCGAAGUGUUCCACUGUCAGUCGCACUCUGUGAUCGUCGACGGUUUCACUAAUCCAAGCAACAAUUCUGAUCGCUUCUGUUUGGGACAACUAUCUAACGUAAAUCGUAAUUCUACGAUAGAGAAUACGAGGCGACAUAUAGGCAAGGGAGUUCAUCUCUAUUACGUCGGAGGAGAAGUUUAUGCCGAGUGUCUGUCCGAUUCUGCCAUAUUCGUACAAUCUAGGAAUUGUAAUCAUCACCAUGGUUUUCACCCUAGCACAGUUUGCAAAAUCCCACCAGGUUGUUCAUUGAAGAUAUUCAACAAUCAGGAGUUCGCCCAGCUUCUCUCGCAAAGCGUGAAUCAUGGUUUCGAGGCUGUUUAUGAAUUAACCAAGAUGUGCACGAUCAGAAUGUCAUUUGUGAAAGGAUGGGGCGCUGAAUAUCAUCGGCAGGACGUUACGUCUACCCCUUGCUGGAUCGAGGCACAUUUACACGGACCUUUGCAGUGGUUAGAUAAAGUGUUAACGCAAAUGGGCUCGCCUCAUAAUGCUAUAAGUUCUGUGUCAUAAGUAAUACGCGCACGCGUCACAGGAUGAUACAUUAUGAUAGAAGGACGAUUAGUUGUUCGAUGCAUUCUAAUUAUUUAAUGAGACUGGAUAAAGUCACAGGUGCGAGAACACGGGCACGUUCGAUCGUACGCAAUUUCGUCUGUGUAAGUUACUCUGUACGUUUCGUCAACGUUGAAAUCAAAUCUUAUGAGAAUAAAAUGGCAACCGAAAAGGAAAACAAAAAUUGACGUAAUGUUCCAAGAAAAUCUGAGGAAUUGCGAGAAGUUACGCGAAACAUUUAACAGCGAUCUCUGGGAAUUAUCGUGAUCACAGAUUAUACACUUAGAUGCUGUAAAACUCUUUGGCUGUUACAUAGGGAAGGAAUUAUUAUACAUAAUGAUACAUAAUAAUAUGGUAUAUAUAUAUAUAUAAAAAAAAUAUUUUUCAAAUCUAUGCAUCAGUCGUAACACUUUAUUUUAUAUGGAGACUUAUUGUGGAGAUAUUUAUCACACAUACGGUGUAGUAUCGCAAAUCCGUUACUAGACGACUUUAAGAUUUAUUGUAACGACAGUAAAAAAAAAUAUAUAUAUAUAUAUAUAUAUAUGUAUACAGCGAAUACAGCUUCUUGACAAAGAGAGUAAAUUCUCCGAAUUACAGGGCGAGAAAGAAUAUAUAUACAUAUACACACGCAAAUAUAUUUAUAUAUAUUCUACGUUUUCUCGAUCGAGUUUAAUCUAACGAUUAUGUCUCUUAAGUUACGUGUGCACUUUAAAAAAUUUAGGUCUAGAUUUAUUGAAAUUUUAGCGCGGAAAAAAUCACGACGUGAGCGCCGCGGGGCUUUAUUGAUAAACUACGCGUUUAUAUUAUUUCAAUGUAAGACAUUGGACGUUGAUCUCACGUUGACUACUGAAAGUCAACUGCGUCCGAUUAUAUAUUGAAAAUAUUAAAUUCAUACCGAUCCUUAGGAGGAUUUAUGUAGCUCAUGGCUUUCUCCAUCUCCGUGUAGGAUUAUAUUGCAUUAUAUUCUGAAUGAUAUUGUGUCACCGACUCGGCGCUUUCCGUAUAUUUGUCGAAUCCUGUGAACAGAACUCGAUUGGAUAAAACAGUAAACAAUUAAACAAGUUUCAUAUGUUGGGAAUGUACUAAGUUUCACUUACGCGCUGUAUAUAUUCGUAUAUGUACGGGGAUUUCGUAGGCGAAAUGUGUGCAAACGAAAAUUAUUAGUAAGUUCAUUAUAUGCGUUGCUCGACGAAAAUUUAUGUUCACCGAUCGAUCGGACAUAAUCUUCAAGUUACGUUCGUUACUUUCCUACGAUACGAAAAAGAGUGCCAAAAGGAACGGAAUAUUCGCAUAAUAUUUUUAAUUUAUGCACUGUGAUAUUUUAUCAGAGAGUUACGAUUCUUUCAUUGUAUCUAAGCACGUUCCCAAAGUCUGAGAUCAUGUAAUCCGAAAGUACAUCGAUGUCUUUGUCUGAGUGUCUUAGCCGUGAGAUAUGUAUGUAAAUAUAUAAUAUUAUAAUAUGUAUUAACAGUGCCUAAUUAUCUAGACAAUACCAUCUUUUUUCACUGCCGUUUGCUGUCACUUGUUUGCCGAUGUGCCUAGCUGUGAUUCUUUGCUAUUCAAUUUGGCAGAUAUGCGAAAGCUAUUAUAUUACAAUAAAAAAACGAAUGAAAGUACGAGAGGAACAAGGUAUUUUUCGCAAAUUACGAUUCCGUGAUAAAACAGAAGAAACAAGAGAAAAUAAAUUUAUUAGGGGUCUAAGAUAUUUGGCUAAUAAUUACGUGAGAUUAAGUGUGAUAUAAAACGAGAGAAAGUAUGAUAGCGAAUAAUAUGUCGCGAUUUACGAUCUGGACCCGAACAACGUGGAAAUCCGCGGCGAAACGUCGCGCGAGUCACGAACAAACAGGAUACCGUUGUAACACGGACACGAAUGUCGACUAGAAAUGUUACCUUAAUUCCAUAUUGCACAAUGCGGUGCAAAUCGUUGCGCUAAUUACGUACGUUGAGCGAUAGGGACAAUAAUCGAUGACUAUGAAAAGGGUAUAAACGAAAAAAAAAAAAACAAUUGUAAGAUACGUUCAGCCCGUCCUAAAGCUAAGAAAAUUUAUUGUUCGAUACAAUGAUAUAUAUUGAUUGGCUCGGAUUCUGCGCGAAAAGGAAAGGAACCGCUCGACCUAAUUCCCUUGUCGUGUUGUGAAACACGAAAAGCAAGCAUCGACAAAGGAUUGACAUUGUAUGUGUAUGUGUUUACUCCUGUAUUCUAUGUUUACUGCUCGAGUUUGCUGUCGCGUCUCGAGAGUCGGAGCUCUUCCUCUUCGCGCGAAGUGCGAUCCAAUUUUAUGCCGCGAGGCGUUCUCACCAUCUCCGGAUGCAGAUACACGAAUGUUAGAAGUCUCACAUUACUAGCGCCGUAUUACGAUCCGCGUCGUUCGCACAAGCGACAGCGGUUAGAACCGAUUAGAAUGAAGUUGAGAAGAGAUCUUCUCGGCACGCGUUGGGCUUUUGUCGCCGUCGAUGCGGAGAGCACGAUGCUUUACUGUAAGACGCACGUGUAUGGAUAGUUUCUCAUUAAUGCAAGAUUAUACUUACAGCUUGUAUUUCGCGUUCUCACCAGUCCUCGUUUUCUCGCUAAUCAAGUCGUCUCACGGAUUACUCGCGAAGCCCGUUUGCAAACCAUUCGCCUGAUCCUUCAGAGUCUGAACAGAGAGAGAGAGAGAGAGAGACACGUAUGUCUCUUAUUAAAAAGCGACAUUGUCUGCGAUAUAAUUCGUCCUUCAAAUUUGAUAUUCGCGAAGAUUGAGCGGAGCACCUGAAUUCGAUUGCAUGCCGCCCGAAUUUGUGCCUUGGAAGCCUUUUAUAUUUUAUAUCCGUAUAAAGACGUUAUGAUAUGUUACGCGCAAUUUCUGAAAUCUAAUAGCAGCCGGGAUGAAUGACACGUUGCGCCCGAAAACGCGCGCGCGCGCGUCACCUUUCCCAGGCGUAAAACCGAAAACGACGAGAGAAAAAGAACAUGUAUCAGAAUUGUCCACUUGUAAAAUAAAUCUGCAACUGUAUGUCUUUGAACUGUAGCGUCGCAUUGCAGCGAACGCGUAGUCCACGCUUCAGCGCAGCGUCGCGUCUGUGAUCGUCUGAUGUUGCUUGGUUUUGUUUAACCGAAAUGAUUAUCGCACUCGCGGUGUGCGAUCAUGCGACGUGUACAAGGCCAUGCCGGAAAUUCACAUGUGCCUUUGAGAUAUUGAUACAAAAGAAGUCGAGCGCCUCUCCGCAGUAACGUCGAGGCAGCGAUCGGCCGAUGUAUUACUCUGCCUCUAAUCUACCGCGCGCGUACUCGUUGUUCCUCUGUAAAUACAAAUUAUCGUGUUGUGAAAUGACGAUAAAUUGUACUUUGACGUGCAUACAAUGUAACACGCGCUAGGAUUCUCAUUGAUCCGUUAACGGUUAAAUGUGAAACUCUAGUCGAGCCCGAUUUUCGCUCAGUAAACUCGAGAACUCACACCGUCGUGUGUCGUUGAAUCACCACUGCAACUAUCUCUUCUCUACAGACGGUCUCGCGUUUAUCAGUUGCCCGACGUGGAAGCGCUCGGUUGCUUUUGCACAAAAGCCGUCUAUUGAUGUCGGUACCACGAAGAGCAAAUAGACGACCGAUUGAAGUGCGAAGGAACGAUUUGAAAACGGGCUCGCGAUAUUCCACGUGUCAGUGAUUGUAUAUAUAUAUAUGCAUCAUACAUAUGUGUGUGUGUGUGUGUGUGUAUAUAUAUGUAUAUAUACAUAAUAUACAUACAUAUAUAUACAAAUCUUGUUAGCGCGUAAGACACGCCUUCGGAAUCCAUUCCACGUUAUAUACCGGUAGAGAAGAUAACCGCGGAUUUUUUCCCGCUCGCGCGGUUUCUCCGUAUGUAUGCUCAUGUGGCGUGUUUGAAAUUAAAUCAGCAACGACGACGACGACGACGACGACGACGACGAUGACGACGUAGACACACGAGUCUCUUUAAUCUGUAUAGCCAACCAUUUCUCUCGCUCUUUUGCGAGAGAACGGUAUCGUUUCGUAGGACGUAGCGCUAUCGUAAGACUAUAACAAAAAAAAGGAAUUAAUUAGCUACCAAACGCAUGGCGUGUAGUACAUUCUCUCAUUUUCUUGCCGCACGUUUUUUCCCUUCCUCUUUUUCUUUCCCCUUCCUUUACGGUUAAAGGAGAGAAGAAAAAAAAAAGAAAAGACAUUCUAUGUACAGAAGACGUUAUUUUAAUCGUAAUAUACAUGUAUACAUAGUGUAUAAUGAUGUGUAGCGACGAAAUGGUAGAACAAUACAUGGUUUGUGCUGUAUGUAUCGUGACACGCGUUAUGCGGUAAAAGAAUGGAGUCUUGUCGGGGAAACUAGCGGAAACAACGAACGGCCCAUCGGUCGGAGCAGCUCGUGUUGCAAGAUACACGAGAUGCUCCGCAAAAACAUUGCAAUUAUCGCAGACGACGUCCCGACGUCGAUCGAACGGUCUCUGUACUUCGCUAGUGAAAGAUCUUCACCGUUAUUCCCGAUGGUAAAAGAUCGUCAUAAUUCGGCGACUAGAACGCCGGGGACUGACCCUUGGGGAUCCAAUGAAAUUCCGCAGUCGACGACUAUAUGCAUCUCGUUCGACGUGAAUAAAAAAAGAAAAAAGAGAAAUUAUCCGCACUCUCGGUCACGUUUUAUAUGUAGCCUUCUUACACCUAUGCCGUUCACACACAUGCAUUUCUGGUAAUCAUUGUCUUGUCUACCGAGUAAAAUUAAUGCCUACCUGUCUGUAUCUAUGUGCGAUUAAACAUGUGCGAUGGUCGUAUGUCGUCUCAUAA